AUUGUAAUGGACAAAUAAUACAAUAGUUCAAUGGGUUCACUACAAAAUAACAGGUCCAGUUUUGGGUUAAUUACAAACGAUCGAAUCAGGCAUUUCGUCAAUUCCAUUUCCUCAUGAGACGUGUUAGGCGUUUAGUUGUACUGGCAGUUCAACUUGCAGUCAUAGUAUGUACAAGUUAUCAACUGACAAAAUUACUAUCUCAAUUCAAAUGGGAGGAACAAUUCGGCUUAUCAAGAAAUGAUGAUGGUUUCUCCUACAAUGAAUUACCACGUGAAAUUCAUUCAAGUUCAGUGGGUAAUUUAAAUCAGACCUAUUAUACUGCAUCACAAAUGAAGAAGUAUGAAAAUAAAAUUACACUCGGAUUUACUGAGAAAGAUCUUGAAGAAUUAUAUGAAGUGAAAUCUACUCCAGCUGCCAGAAAAAUAAUUCUCAACUAUGGAAACCUUCGUAUCGAUAUUAUUCGAAACUUCUCCUUCUGUUUCGCUUGUGAUUGUGAACUGAUUUUCGACAGAUCAAGAUGGCUUGAAGCCGAUGUUAUAAUCUUGACAGAUCACUUGUAUCCUAAAGGUCCAAGACCACCAAAUCAGCUAUGGUUCAUUUUUGUACAUGAAUCUCCCCUAUACAUCAGAAUCGCUGAUGAAUUGGGAAAUAAAGUCAACUACACAAUCUCUUAUCGAAUGGAUUCAACAAUUUAUGUACCGUAUCACAAUUAUAUCCCAUUUGUUGCUAGUCAUGGUCCAGAUACAAAAUACGUACUUCCUUCCCGUAACUAUGCCACUGGUAAAUCUAAAAUGGUAGCAUGGUUCGUAAGCAAUUGUCAACCUAAAGGUCCAAGAAUGAUGUAUGGAAAAGAAUUAUCUCGUUAUAUUCAAGUUGAUAUUUAUGGUCGGUGUGGCAUUCUGACAUGUCCUAGAGAAGUAGAUUCUCAAUGUUUUACUCUACUUGGAAAGCAUUAUAAAUUCUACCUAAGUUUCGAAAACAGUUUAUGCCCUGAUUAUAUUACGGAAAAGUUUUACGGAAAUGCAUUAAUCAACAAUAUAAUUCCAGUUGUGAUGGGUGCCUCAUAUGAAGAAUACAAACGUGUCGCUCCUCCUCAUUCAUUUAUUCAUGUGGAUCAGUUUGAAUCCCCAGAAAAGCUUGCCAAUUAUUUGAAGUAUUUGGACAGAAACGAUACUGCAUACAAUGAGUACUUCUCAUGGUAUGAACAUGGGACCAUAGGUGUUUGGUUUCCAUUGCCUCAAUGCGCUAUAUGCUUAUUGGCACAUACCGCUCAUAAACUGAAACCGUAUACAUUCCCAAAUGUUUCGAAAUGGUGGAACGAUGCUUGUGUUGGUCGUAAACUACGCUGGAAAUCUGUCGAUUAGCAACUUUUCUGCAGUUUUGAAUAAUACUUAUAUCACAGCUGCUGUGUGUCUGCAGAAUACACUUCUACACCUUACCCAGACUUCUUGAUCGAGUUAGCAGAGUUGGGGGACAACGAACCAGAAUAGCUAUCGAGUCACUGAGUCACUGAUCCUUCGUUCGUUGAGUAAGACGCAUCAGUAAUAGCAUUCAAGCGAAUAACAAAUCAUAACAAAUUGGCGACGGUGGUUUUUGAAUUAUGGACCCUGCAGAACUUGAACUAUUACUUGAGCAGCAGCUGAAAUUGAUGCAAAUGUUGAUGGAGACCAAGAUUACGCCUCCUUUACAACCAAGCACGUCUAGUUCGACCACAGCACCAUCGGUUGAUGGCAUCGCAAAUAGCAUAGCUGAAUUUCGUUACGAUCCUGAUGCUAAUGUUACUUUCGAGAUGUGGUUCAGGCGUUAUGAAGAUCUAUUUAAAUUUGAUUUCGCCAAUCAAGAUGAUGCUUGGAAAGUGCGGCUGCUACUUCGUAAACUGGGUGCAAAUGAGCUGGACAAGUUGUUAUAUCCGAGCGAAGAUUAAAUUUCAGGUAACUCCCGAGGACUAUUAGUGGACUAAUAUUCUAUAAAUAUUCUUAUUGUAAAACUAUUCAAUCAUUAGAUUAUGUAAAUUUAUAUCCCUCUUAUUAUAAGCUUUAUUUUGAUCUAUAAUUUAUUAUUGUACGACUUACGGUUCUUAAACUAUGUUCAGUCUAUUAAUUACUGUCCCCCGCGUUCACAGCCACUUUUUGGCUUAUUUGUGUACAUAUGUUAUUUUCUAAUUUAUGGUGUGUUGUGGUCUGUCUGUUUGAUAUAUAAACCGAGUAUGUUUGAAAUAAACGAUCUGCUCUGAUCUGCUCUGAU